UAUGAAAUAAUGAACUUAAUGCUAUAACAAAAAUUUAAUUGAAAGCAAUAGUAUAAUCAUUUUUUCCAGGCCUGUUUCAUGAAUAUAUGUUGUUUUUAAAAAUAUUUCUGUUGAACCUUUGUCACAUUCAAGCUAUUUCUGUGACCAUUGUGGGUUUUUCUUCCACUAACUGAGGGAUACCAACAAUUCUGUUCAUGUGUGUAUAUCCCCGAUUGUGAAAGUAAGAACUUUAGCCUGAAUGAAAAUGCACUGAAUCAUUCUAGUAUGUUAAAAAAAGAUUUAGGAUGUCCUGAACAAAACUUUUCAGGAGUAACAAAAUCACAAAUAUGUUUCAUUAAUAGCAAAUCAGGCAUCUCUACAGACCCUGACUGAUCCAUGUUGUGCUUUGGAUGCUUUUCAUCCCAAUCGCUGUAUCUGCAGGCCAUGCCACAUGGCAUGACUCCAACACUCUUGCCUUAUCACCACACUGGGUGUGGCGCUUUUAGAAACAUGAACCAACAGAUGAAGCCUCUGGCUGGCAGAACAGGUUCAGAGGAAAACAGCAGCCAUGGCGUCUGUUUCGUACUCAGAGGAACUGACUUGUUCUGUCUGUCUGACCAUCUUCACCGAUCCAGUCAACCUUCCCUGUGGACACUCCUUCUGCAGGCAGUGCAUUUCAGAGGUGCUAACCACACAGCAGCACUGUCCACAGUGUGGGGCAGCUGCAGCACUGGAGGCAGCAAGCCUCCCAACAAGCCUCGUUCUGAAGACCCUGGCUGAGAAAGCCAAGGCGAAAACGGACGAAGAGAAACGUCUGACAGCAGAGGUGGCUGGACUCUGUCCUGAACACGAGGAGAAGCUGAAGUUAUUCUGCAUCACAGACCAGCAGCUGGUUUGCAUCAUAUGCAGAGACGGCGAGGAGCAUGAAGGUCACCAGUUUAAACCAGUCAAAGAAGCUGCUGCGACCCUCAGAAAACAGCUGGAGAUGUUUGAACAAAGCACUGCCGACGAUAUUCAUGCUGUAGAACGUCUCGCUGAGGCACAAAAGGACGAAAUGUUUAAAACCAGAGAGAGAUCUCAGCAGCUGCUGGCUCGGGUCGGCAAACAGUUUGAGGAGAUGCGUCGGUUUCUGAGGAGGAGAGAAAAUGAGAUAAAGAGCGAGCUGAAGCGCAAGGAGGAAGACAACGUUGAGAAAAUGAGAGAGACUUUCCAAGCUGUAGCCGUUGCUUUGUCUGAGAGCAGAGAGCUGAAGGAAAAAGUCUCCUCGGUUCUGAAAAUCACAGAAUCGGAGAGCUUCUUAAAGAGCUGGACAGAGGGGAAGAGCAAGGGGGCGCUAGAGCAUGUGUUCAGGCCCAGAGUGAAUGAGCUCCAAGUGGUGGAGUCUUCUCUCUCACUGGGGCCGUAUGAGAGCCACCUGCAGUUCUUCAUGUGGAAGGAGAUGCUGCAGGUGGUCCAGCCCCGGGCAGAGCUGCUGACGCUGAAAAGCAACAGUGAGGAUGUGGUCGUUUCUGAUGAUGGGAGAAGUCUGUUCUGUAAACCCAAAACACACCAAGCCUUCGGAUACUCCACCUAUACACCAUCUAUAUGUCUUGACUCUGGUUUAGGGAGGCAAAAUAGGCAUCAGAAAUUAGGUUUUGUAACUGUACCCAGUUCUACACUUGGUGGGCGUCGUUACUACAACCAAAACCCUUCUGGCACUGAAGCCACAGUAAACUUACAAACUGCAUCCAGUGUCAGUGAGUUCGGAGCCGGGCAGCAUUACUGGGAAAUUGAGGUUGGGAGCAGAAACUAUUGGGAACUGGGGGUAAUGCAUAAUCUCCUGAAAUACGAUGGAGUAAAAUAUGCCGCAUGUGGCCCAAAUGUCUCCACAGAGCUGGAGUUUGGAAACAGACCCAGAAAGAUUGGGGUUUACUUUAACUGCUCUUCUAAAGAGCUCUCCUUCUAUGACGCAGACACCAUGACACACAUCCACUCUGUGAGCGCUGUCUUUGUGACCACGCCAGUGUCCGCACAGAUUAACAUCCAACACAAGGAGCCGGAUCAUAGUCCAGUCACUGUCUGCUGGUACUGAGCAGCACUUCCAGUGAUUUCUGCUGGAAAUCACUGGAGGUUGAGCUGAACAGUACAGAACUGGAUCAAAUAUGACUUAGACUUAUACAAACUUUGUUUGUUGUGAAAUAUUGUCAUCUAGAAAGAAGGGGUGUUUGAGAUCUGCUUGUAAAAAAAUAUUUCCCCACAGCCAUGCAUACUUGUCUCAACAGAUGUGUAAUGUGCAGACAGGCUUUUGUAAAUAAUAAUGCAAUAGAAAAUAUGUCAGAUGUGUUUGAUUCUUACUGAGAUUUGGAGAGAGAGAAAAUAUAAAAUGAUUGUCUUCACAAGCUGAGAGUCAGUUGAAAUGGUUUUUAUUUCUUUCAUUAUUUCAUCUUUCAUGCAGCGUUUUAUUGUUAA